GUAGGACUGCCGUCCCGGGCAGAUGCCUUGAAUGCAAGGACGGCUACGAGGAAUGACAGUAAAGCGCGACACGAAAGUUCGGCUUCGGCAGGGAGCCCGGAUCAACAUCGCGUACCUUGACUCAGUACACUCUCAGUGUCAAGCCAGGAUAUUGCGUCAUUGCCUCCAGAAUGGCUAGAACGACUCGGGCCAGUGCACGAUCUAAAUCGACGGCAUCGCAAUCCAGGGUGACCAAAGUUCCGAAGGCGCCCCGACGCGCAGCUUGCGACUCAUGCUUCAAGAAAAAGAUACAAUGCGAUGCAGAAUCCCCGCAGUGCAAUUGGUGCCUUCACCACAACCUUGCCUGCACAUAUACGAGGCUCAAGAAAAGUACUGGUCGCGAUGCCAUAUUAGGUGACGCGGCACAAUCGAAGACGAUGCCUGCUCGUAACAGCACUGCAGCAAGGGCCACUUUGACCAUGGCGUUCAACGAUGGAGCCUACAUCACACCGGAGGAAGAACGUCAAUGGAUCGAAACCUGCACCGGUGAGACGGUUGACCACGCGAAACUUUACUCGAUUGAGCUUCCAUGGUCAAAGCCCUUUUCGGGCGCCAGGUCCCAUUCUUCGUCGCCGGAACUUCCUUCCCGGCCUGUCGUUGAAAAGUAUGUUGGAGUGUACUGCUCAUCCUACCAGAGUCGCGUCUUUCCGGUAAUUAGCAAGACUCUCUUUACGGAGACCCUGGAUCUCGCCUACGGACCAACCGAUGCUUUUGGCUCCGAUAGUGCCAAGUCAUGCGUGUAUGCGUUUCUCUCGGUGAUAUACCUCUUCGGGCUCAAUGGCAAUCUGGUGGAAGCCCAUGAUUGCGAGACUUAUGCCCGGGCUGCGCAGGGAUUUAUGGCUGGUCUUGUUCGAGAGAUGACUCUCAGCGGUCUGCAGUCCGUUCUCAUGCUUAUCCAGCAUCAGUACUUCCUGGGUGAUUUGCAGGCUGCUGCGCUGUCCGUGUCGAUAGCCAGUCGUCUUCUAUUCAGCCUCCGUGCUCACACACAGUCCUCGCCAGACAGCGCUUACCAUAAAAGUGUAGCUGAGCACCACCUGCGCGAUCUUUUCUGGCUAUGCUUCUCAUUUGACAAGGACAUUUGCUUGAGAAUAGGGCAGCCUCCAUGUAUCAAUGACACUCACUGUGACCUCACUCUGCCUGUGGACUAUGCGCAUCUGCAAGCGUCCAACAUGCAACGAGAGACAAGGUCGAAUACCGAUGACACAAUCCCUCUUUUCCCUUUUGACCUUCGACUCUCGAUAAUCAAGUCGAACGUCUACCAGGCUCUCUAUUCCGCAAAUGCUGCGAAGAAAUCGGUUUCUGAGAUCUUAUCGAGCAUCCGGAGUCUGGACCAGGAGCUGGAACAAUGGAGACAGAGCUUGCAUCCGGAUAUCCGGCCCACGAUGUCCUUCCACGACGAAACGCCGGUCAGUCGCGGCCUGAACACACAGGCAAUCAUGUUGCGGCUUGCAUACUAUCACUGCGUCGCACUCAUUCAUCAAGCCAUUGAUAGGUGCCGUAGCUGUCCCGUGAGGGAUAGAGUCUCUAGUGCCAUGCUGGUCACGAAUGCCAAUCAGUCGACACUUUCGUUCCUCGAGGUCGCAUUGCCUGUCCUGGCGGGAGAAUGUUUCUGGGUGGUUAUAUUCUACGCAGUCACUGCAGUUCUCACGCUGUUUCGCGCUGUCCUCACGGACCCCCUAGGAUCCGGUCUCAUGAAAACCCUACGGGGCGUUCCCAAACUGAUGAAGAGAGUCCCAAUUCGAACACCCACCCUCGGCGUAAUCUUUCACACGCAUUUUUUGGAUAACUUCACCACCGAGCUUGUCCGACUGGCCGAGUGUGCAAUUGCCAAGGCAGAUAAGGAUGCAUGUGGUCCGCCUUAGGCCGGCUGCCGAAGGCGAAUGGUCUGCAUCAUGUC